GCGGAAACGUGACCGCCGCCAGCUCGUCGUGUCCGAGUCCGGUGGCUGCUCGACGUUCCAGUCACCAAAAUUUCUACGACGCGACGUGCUCUCCUCGUCGCCAGUCUCCUCAUCCGUGCAGCUACCUCUGAGGGCCUUGCUAGUGUCUUGCUGGGAUGUCGGCCGCAUUCGAUCGUCAAAUUCGCCCCAUCUAUGAGGCACUUGACACGGGCUCGAACAAGUCGGCCAUUCUAGCGUGCAACAAGUUGCUCAAGAAGCAUCCCAAGAACGACCUAGUCAAGGCCCUGAAAGCUCUGGCCCUCGUACGCUCGCAAAAGGUAGAAGAGUCGCUUGUGGUGUGCGAUGAGGUCCUUGCAACAAAACCCACGGACGAGUCUACCCUCGCCGCCAUGAUGCACGUACUCCGGGGACUGGGGCGACACACCGAUAUGGUUACUAUGUAUGAGGACGCAUACAAGCAGCAGCCCACAAACGAGGAGCUGGGUUCGCAGGCGUUCAUGGCCAACGUCCGCAUAGGAAACUGGAAGGCCGCUCAACAGAUCGCCACGAAGUUGCACAAACAGUUCCGCGACGACCAUUACCUGUACUGGAGCGUGAUGAGCGCUGUGCUACAGGCUAGCGACCCUACGACGCCUCCAGGUAUCCGCCCCGUCCUCUUCAAGCUCGCUCACCGACUAGUCGUGUCGGCUACCACCCCAUCAUUCUACAAUGCCGAUCGCUUCUACCUCCACCUCAUGAUCUUACGCGAACUAGAACUGUACGAUGAAGCAUACGAACUGCUGAACAACGACAUCGGCAAGGCCAUAUGCGCGUCUAGCUUGACCGUUGAUGAGCUCAGACGAGACAUCUGGAGACUAAAAGGCCUCACCGGGGAGGAGGGCGCACGAGCAAAGGCCCGGAUCACGGAGGCGAAAGACAGGAACUGGCUCGAGUUCCUCGCUGUCCUUGACGCGACGUUCGCGGGUUCGCAAGACGAUGUUCGCAGCCAAAUUGAGGAGUCACGAACACUGUUCGAUCAAAUAGCAAAAGAUGAUGGGAAGUCAGACCGGUCAGGACGUUUGGCUUUGCUCGAGCUCGAGAAGCGCGCCGUGGCCCACGGGAUGUCAACGAGCACCGCACAUAUUACUGAGCUUCUCCAACACUACUUCACCACAUUCGGCGACAAGCUUGUCUGCUUCGAAGACCUUCGGCCGUACGUUCAUAUAGAAGGGGACGCGCUGGCGGAAUGGACGAACUUCCUCAAAGCUCAGUCCUCAUCAUUCACGUCGAUCGAUGUCCUCAAUCACUUCAUCAAUGCGCAAAAGCUGCUACGGUAUAAUCUAUCAGCGGCUAAGGUCACGGCGGAAUCAGAAACAGCACGCGCCGUGCUGUACCUUCAGUCUUACCACGAUGCGCUCACGCUCGGGAAGGAUCUUCCGGACUCCGAACUGCAGCCAGCGGACGACCUCGCCCUUCUAUGCGGUCAGGCAUUCGUCGGUGCAUGGAGGGCGGGCAGAGAUGCCACGCAUCUGUACAAUGCUGUGUCAGUGCUGGAGUAUGCGUCUUCAAGAAGUAAACAAUCGUACAAAAUCCGCCUUCUCCUGAUUAGGAUAUACCGUUUGCUGGGCGCGCCUUCACUGGCUUUGGAGCACUACCGGGGGAUCAAUGUGAAGCAGAUCCAGAACGACACGCUUUCUCAUCUGAUUAUGACGAGGGCGACGCUGUUUUCCUUGUCGUCCGUUGGCGACCUGACAUACUCUUCCGAAGCUCUCGAGUCAAGCCAGAUCUACAUCAGCAACUCACAAGAGACUGCGGAAUACACUGUCAGGGCAUUUGCGGGCGAGAAGUAUUCCCAGCUUCCCGAGUUCAUCCUCUUCGAAGAACGUCUGGACAAUUCGCUCCAACGAGACCUCACCAAGGUCGAGCACGUCAGGAUGCGGAUUACCCAUGAACCCCUUAUUUCGGACCUCGUCGACAUGGAAUUGAUUGAACUGAAGUUCAUCUUCGAUCGAUUCCACCACGACAACCGAGACUUCGACGUCAUCCCCAACUAUCAGCCUCGCAGCGGUCUCUCGUUCCAUGAGCAGACGCUGUUGUUCGACAAGCAACCAGGGUUAGGCUGGCUUGCAACCUACCUGAGGAUCUACAUCAAGAUCUUCCAGUCUGCGAGCGACCUUGAUGACACCGUCGAGGACAAGCUGCUUAUCGGGGACCGACCGAAGCCCAGUGUAGACCCUGACACCAAGUUGCCUCUCAAAGAGCGAUUAGCCAUGCGAAAGCAAGAAGAGAUCGACGAGCUGACUCCAGAAGAGCUGUUGUUCCUGGAGUAUGCGACCGCCUUGUCAGACUGGCUUUCUCCAUUCCAUGACUACAUCCGACCGCCACCGGCUGCCGUCCUUGCCGAGGCAGCGAAGCAGACCGAGCUGAAGACGGGCUUCCCGCUGAAGGGUUACGAGCCACCCAAGAAUGGCACUGUCACGAACGGGCAUGCCAAGAAGGCUGAGGAGCCGCCGACUCUUGUAGACGCUCCGGAGCUUGUCAACAAGUUCUUCGAUGACAUGAGUGCGCGCUUCAAGGAGGCUCUCGAUGCUGGCAGUCUACCGCCAGAGCUGCUGCAGAUUGUGACCUUGACGCAGGAGGGUCUUCUCGUCCUUGCCCUUGGGUCACAACGUUUCAAGCCUGCUGCCGUCAUCAAGCAGUACAGGCUAGGGGCUAUGGUACAGAUCUUCAAGGACAUCCGGGCGAAAGCCAUCGCGGUCCUUGAGGAGAUGUCGGCAGCUUUGGUCAAGCUUGCGGAAGAGGGCGCAACGAUCGACAGCCGGAAAGCGUUCGUCGAAGCGUGCAAGCCCGUAUGGGGACCAGCAGGACUUCUGGACCAUGACUUCGUGUCGACCAUUUCCAAGAAGGUCACCGAAUCGCGAAAACAGGUGCUGGACGGCGUCGGGAAAGGCGUGGUCCGAGUAUGCAAAAGCCAUGCAUGAUAUUGUACAUGCCUCCGCUUUUCAGCGAUGGUGUUCUCUCUGGGCAUAUCCAUCAUGUAACUAUCGCGCAUUUGGUAUCACCACUCAUAGACGUCUGUUGUGUCGGUGCGUCGGCUGCCUCAGUCGACCAAGCCUCGCGUGCCCAUGAGUGAUUCAGGCGUCCUAAGAAUUAAGUAGCUAGUUGUAUGUAUAUUGUCGGUGUAGGUGCUCGCGGAAGGGGUCGGCAGGUGAAUUGAGUAUUAUGUAAUAUCU